CCGGAAGUAAAAGUGGAUGGUAAACAAAAAUGCAUUUUCCAGAGACCAAAUAGACUAUAUCUGCAAAUAAUAUGUGACUGAAUGCCAAAUAUGUGGUUGCAGACUGGACUUGAACAUUGAUUUUCUGCUUGUCUGCAAGUCCAGACAAAAUGGCAGACACUAAAAAGCUAGGCACUGCGAAAAGAGAAGAAGAUUCACAAGCCAAAAAGGAUAAGACACUUGCUCUUAUAGAAGACAAAGAUGAUUUCAUUCACCGUUUCCGUACACUUUACAACUCUGAGAUCUUCAGUGACAUUGUACUUGUGGUUGGAGACAAUAGGUUCUAUGCUCACAAAAUUAUGCUUGUCACAGCAAGUGAAGUUUUUGAAGCUAUGCUUAGCGAAGCAAGGUGGCAGGAAUCAAAUCAAACGGAGGUGUGUCUUACAGAGGAUGAAGAAUGUGUGUCAGUGUUCCCAGACUUUCUGAAGUAUAUCUAUAGUGGUUCAGUGGAGCUAACAACAUCCAUGGUCCACAAGUUACUGAUCCUAGCCGACAAGUAUGGUAUACAUGUCCUUCAUAAAACCUGUGUGGAGUACAUGUCUCGUCACAUCGUCACAUCACCCGACACUAAUCGCACACUCACCUGGUACCACUAUGCCAAGGUAACCAACGGCCAGCACUUACAGGAGAAAUGUUUAGCCUUCAUCCUGUCAAAUUUCAGCAUUAUCCAGAAGGCUCCUGAUUGGUUAGAUUUGACUGUAUCAGUCAUGGUGGAAUUUUUGCAGAGUUCUGAAAUUGUUGUGGAGGGUGAGUACCAACUGUGGAUGGAGGUUGAGCGAUGGAUAAAGGCUGUGCAAGAUCCAGAUAUUGUGCUAGAGAAGUUAAAAGCAGUUCUUCCUCAUAUGAGAUUCACCAUGAUGGCCCCAGCUGAUCUCCUCAAGGUAGAGAAUUCGGAUCUAUAUAAUGACUACACUGAGUUGUUUGGAAACCGGCUGAUGAAGGCUUACCGAGGUCAUUCACUUCAUACAAGUGAUCUUAUGAGUCACACUCGUGAGGAGCCCUACCGUAAUUACCACCACAAAUUGUACCGUAUUUGUGAUGAACUCAAGCUCCGUAGCUACAUGGACACACCAAAGACUGAAAGCCAGCUUGUCACAAGUAUGUUAGUGCCCAUACAUUUAAAGCCUUUCCCUAUAGAGGUGGGAGAUGGUAGCAUUGUGUCCUUUGAUGUUGCCUUUUAUCCUCAAGGAUUCUACCAGGCACAUCCACUGUAUGGAAUGUAUAUGUCGCGUCAGAAUGAUAAUACUGUACUGAAUGUCUCCCGCACGUGUUCAUCAUCCCAGCACAUUGUCGACUUAGAUGUCACCCUAGUCAUAUAUGCCUACCGAGAAAACAUGAAGUACAUUGCCCACAGCUGUAGGAUAUCACACCAGUUCAAUAAUAAGUCCCGUCAUUGUAAGGUGGAAAAUGUUAUCCCUGUUGAACACUUUAAAUCUAAGAAGUCGCCAUAUCUAGUCGGCAAAAAUUUUGAAGCAAAAAUUUUCCUGAAGAUUCAAAACAUUCAGCUGGAUGAAAAGGAGAAGAAAGAGUAAUGAUAAAAAAUCAUGAAACAUUCUAUAGAUAA